AUGGCAACCAGUUCCCCUCACGUUCUCACCCCAUCCGCAUCCUCCACAACCAACAAACCUCUAGCACCCAUGCCAGGCACAUCUUACCCGCCCACGAUCUCCAUGAACAAAGAAUGGGUCCUUCCACCAAAACCUAAGCCUGGCCGAAAGCCGGCAGUCGACACGCCGCCUACCAAACGGAAAGCGCAGAACAGAGAAGCUCAGCGCGCUUUUCGGGAAAGAAGAGCCGCUAAGGUUAGCGAAUUGGAAGAUCAGAUGAAGGUGAGGGACGAAGAAGAUCAGAAAGAGCAGGAGAAGUUGGUGGCCUGCGUCAAGCAGCUAGAGCAUUGUUUGGAUGAUUGUACUGAGAAGCUUAUGUACUGGCGGGAAAAGUACGUUGGGAUGGAAGACGCUUAUGAAAGGGAAAGACAGCUACGGCAGAGUGCGGAGAUGGAAAUUGAGAUGCUGAGGAAGGGGAUGGCAGAUGGGACGGGGGCUGUUGCGUUGCCACCAAGGCGGCCUGUACAGAAUGGAUACAUGGCGGAGCCAGCACCUGGAGUUCAAGAUUGCACCACAGCGACGGAGCUUAGUGCAAUAGGUUGUGGCAAGUGUAGCUUGGAGACAAAGUGCCAGUGCAUAGACGAGGCGUUCGACAUGGACAACGUGGUAGCUGAGCCAGAUGUUCCAAGAUUCAAACGCCCGCAUUCGCCCCAAUCCCACACAGACAACAAGCGCCGUCAACUAUCGAACCCCGAUACCAGCUCGGAGAUCGACUUCACAGCGCAAUUCUCCACCCGGCGCCCUCCGAACCUUACAACCUCCGCCUCGACCUCAUCCUCCAUAGCAGCGACAGUACUGCCAGACCCUUGCGGCUUCUGUUCAGAUGGCACGACCUGCCUCUGCGCCGAACUAGCUAAUGAGCGCCCAGACCGCGCUCUCAAAUCUCCAGCAUCUACCUUGCCUACGCCACCGGAAACAGCAACAAGCAACACCAGCACCUCAAACCCCUGCAUCAACGGCCCAGGAACCUGCACCCAAUGCCGCUCCAACCCAACCAGCACACUCUUCUGCAAAUCUCUCGCUGUCACCAGACCUAUAAACCCUGACCCACUCUUUUCCGCAACGACCAAUACCACCGACCAAGCAACAACCCGAGGCUCCACCCUCAAAUGCGCCGACGCCUUCACAGUCUUAAGCCGCCACCCUGGCUUCGACCAAGCAACUUCUGAACUAACCACUUGGAUACCUCACCUCUCAACCGUCCCCUCCGCAACUACAGCCUUCGACGUCGAAGCCGCCUCCGUAAUGGGCGUGCUCAAGCUGUUCGAUCGACGCUUUGGCAACACAGGCAAAGCCGAACCGACGAGCUCCAAAGACGUAUCUAGCGACCGGCUGGUUCGCAUCCCCGUCCAGGCUUCCCAGGGCGGAGGAGGAGGAGGUGCUUUGUAUGAAGCUUUUACGACUAGGGAAGAUAGGGGAGGAAAUAAGAUUGGGAAGCACGGUACGAGAGACGGGAAUUGGAUUGCUUAUGCGCCUGGUAUUCAGACGAGAGGGAAACUGGGGAGGCCGAGGAUCGAGGAUGGAAUAUGGCCUGAGGAUUCACGACGGGAGCAGGGGGAGUAG